AUGAGCAGUGCCGGAGGACUUUAUAGAAGAUCGAUUAACAAAAGCAAGAUCCAAAAGAGGGAAAGAGACAGCGAUGUAAAAGAAGAAAUGCGUGAGAGGGAAAAAAGCAGUGAUCAUAGUCGUAGUCGUUCUACUUCACUUAGUUCGUGGAGAGAUUCAGAUCGGAAUUCACCACGUUUAAGUGAUCGAAAUUCACCACGUCCAGGCGAUCGAAAUUCACCACGUAUAAGUAGAAGUGAUUGGGAUUCUACACCAACAAGGUCGAUCACACCACGAUUCUCCGGCGGUGGGCUAACUUCUCGAAAAGAAUAUCAACCUAUGAGGGAUUUUCCAACUCCUCGACUUGCAUCGUUUGAUAAUGAUCUGGAUUUCGCAUAUAAUCAAGAUGAUGAAGACAUAAGUGAUGAUAGACGCGAGUGGGAAGAAGAACAACGGCAACUGGAUCGUGACUGGUACAGCAUGGAAGAAUCGUCUGGUGCAAUGGACGAUACACACAAUCCUUUUGCUGACUAUUCGGACUUUGUUGAGAAAAAAGAGGAGGAACUCGCUCAGAGACAGCUUAAAAAACUUACUGCAAGGCAGGAACAGUAUAACAAAGAUAAUGAACUCUGGGAAACAAAUCGUAUGCUUACUUCUGGUAUCGUACAGAGGAAAGAAAUUGAUUUGGAUUUCGAUGGGGAUUCAGAGGUGAGUAUAAACACUCAACAAUUAAUUAAAUUCGAAAUUAAAACUAAACUGAUUAAUUCAAACCUAAAUAUUGAUUUAUUACAUGAUAUUAAGCCACCAUUUCUUGACGGUCGCAUGGUUUUCACAAAACAAUUGGGAACUGUACAAUCUGUCAAGGACCCUACUUCCGAUUUAGCUGUCUUCUCUAGGAAAGGAAGUCAAUUGGUAAAGGAAAAGAGAGAACAAAUAGAACGUCAAAAGGCUGCUAAGAGUGUUGUAGAUGUUGCAGGCACUGCCUUGGGUAACAUUAUGGGUGUUAAAGCUUCUGAUGAAGACUCCGCAGAACCGCCUACAAAUCCAGCAGGAGAAAUGGAAACUCCUAAAGGUGAUUCACAAUUUGCAUCACAUUUAAAAGCAUCCGAAGCCGCUAGUUCCUUUUCUAGGUCAAAAACUCUUCGCGAACAACGUGAAUAUUUGCCUGCUUUUGCAGUUCGUGAAGAACUAUUGAGAAUCAUUAGAGACAACCAAGUUAUUGUCGUGGUUGGAGAAACUGGUUCAGGUAAAACGACACAAUUGACACAAUACCUUUACGAAGACGGAUAUGGCAAUUAUGGCAUUAUAGGUUGUACGCAACCUCGUCGUGUUGCUGCCAUGUCUGUUGCGAAGCGUGUUAGUGAGGAAAUGGAGUCACUUAAAGAACCUGAUCUUGAUCAUUAUAGUUCCAUUAUAAUGGAUGAAGCUCAUGAACGAUCAUUGCAAACGGAUGUUAUAAUGGGUUUAUUAAAACAGGACUUGAAGCUAAUUGUUACAUCUGCAACUAUGAAUGCUGAAAAGUUUUCAUCCUUCUUUGGAAAUUGUCCCACUUUCAAAAUUCCUGGUCGUACCUUCCCCGUAGAAAUAAUGUUCAGUAAAACACCAUGUGAAGAUUAUGUAGACAGCGCUGUAAAACAAGUUUUGGCAAUUCAUCUCGGUCACCCAGCAGGUGACAUAUUAGUGUUCAUGACUGGACAAGAAGACAUAGAGAUAACUUGUAAAGUAAUUACAGAACGUCUACAACAGUUGGAUAAUCCUCCAGAAUUGGCGGUUCUCCCUAUUUAUUCUCAACUGCCUGCCGAUUUGCAAGCUAAAAUAUUUGAGAAAGCACCUGACAAUGCAAGAAAAGUUAUUGUUGCAACGAACAUCGCGGAGACUUCACUAACCGUUGACGGUAUCAUGUAUGUUGUUGAUACCGGAUUUAACAAACUUAAAGUAUUCAAUCCAAAAAUUGGUAUGGAUUCUUUACAAAUCACUCCAAUAAGUCAGGCAAAUGCAAAUCAGAGGUCAGGUCGUGCAGGAAGAACUGGUGCCGGAACGUGCUACCGCCUUUAUACUGAACAUGCCUAUCAGCACGAGAUGUUUAUGAAUACUAUACCUGAAAUUCAACGAACAAAUCUAGCUAAUGUUGUACUUUUACUCAAGUCGUUGGGUGUUAAAAAUUUGCUAGACUUUGACUUCAUGGAUCCUCCUCCUCAGGAUAACAUACUGAAUUCAAUGUAUCAAUUGUGGAUACUCGGAGCAUUGGAUAACACUGGAGAAUUGACACCACUUGGUCGUAGGAUGGUUGAAUUUCCAUUGGACCCUUCAUUAUCAAAGAUGCUAAUUGUGUCUGAAGAGCUUGGAUGCACUGCUGAAAUUUUGACAAUUGUAUCUAUGCUUUCUGUACCAUCAGUAUUUUAUAGACCAAAAGAGCGAAUGGAACAGAGCGAUGCAGCAAGAGAAAAAUUCUUUGUGCCAGAAAGUGACCAUUUAACACUUUUACAUGUCUACACUCAAUGGAAGUCUCAUGGUUACCGUGAUGAUUGGUGUAUAAAACAUUAUAUUCAUUCCAAGGCAAUGAGAAAGGCUCAGGAAGUGCGAUUACAAUUGCUUGAUAUCAUGAAAGCUGAAAAAAUGGAAAUUGUAUCAUGCGGUACAGAUUGGGACGUAGUACGAAAAUGUAUCUGUUCUGCAUAUUUCCAUCAAGCUGCGAGAGUUAAAGGAAUUGGUGAAUAUGUAAAUUGUCAUUAUAUUGUUUAUCAUGAAUUGGUGAUGACGUCAAAAGAGUACAUGCAAUGUGUGACUGCAGUAGAUCCAUAUUGGCUUGCUGAAAUGGGAGCUGAGAUGGCAAGAAUGACAAUGGAAAUGCAAAUGAAAACUGCUCGAGAAAAGGAAGAAGAAGAAGCCAAAGAAUUACAACGUAAAGCAAUGGCCACGCCUAAAAGCUCAAAAAUUGUAAUACCAGGUCGAAGAGAGCCGGGCGUGCGUCUUAGAAAAAGGGGAUUCGGUAUUUAA